CGUCAAAGGGGUGGGAAGGGGUUACUGCAGCUUCAAUGCGCGAAAGCAGCGGCAGUUUUUCUGUGGACGUUGCACGGAAUGAUGGAUUCGGUUCGGAUUGCGGUAGCUUUGAUCCUGCAACACUCGAGUAUUGUCGAAUGCUGGAAGAGUAUUUAACCUCUUGUGUCAGUACUGAAGAGCCAAAUAUCGCAGCAAAUUCUAUGACGGAAUCUGAGGCCGCUUCGAUCAACUACACCGCUAGUCGAGUUGACUACUGGAUUUCCGCCUGUCGAAAGACAUACGCAAAUAGUCAUAGUGACACGGAUUGGAAUCCGCGGGCAUGGCCUGGACGUGAGUCGGCAGCUCAAACCUGGACAACGAUGGCUGAUCUUUUGCUGCGCUUUGAUAGCAAGAGAAUGACCCCGGAUUGCAGGACUAUUUUGGUGCAAGGGGCUUACAGCUGCGUCAGUUCACCAGAAGUGCACCACUUACUCCUGGAUGCACUUGGUCCGAAAUUUGGCUCACGGCUUUGGGUGUGUUUGAGAUUCGUUGCCAGGCCCUUGACGGACUGUCAGCGUUUGCGGGAAAUUACUCUUUGGGAGUCAGAUCUCCGACAUGCUCAAAUUUCUCUACUGCCUUCCGCGCCGAAGACGACACUGCAAAAGGAACACAUGGUUGAUAUUGCCACAGCUUGGGAGCUACUAGGUCUUGGGAUUGCAAGCGAACCAGUCAUCGAGUUGCUUGAUCCCUAUAGACAUAUGUUCAAACAGGCCUGUGCCAAGUCUCUCUCAUUGCAUGCUGAAAUGCAGCUCAUAUGUUAUCAAGAAGAGUGCCGUGGACCACGAAGAAUGUUGCAAUACUUUGGGUGUAGCAAGAAGUCAUGUCUUCUAUGUGAAACGUUCCUGGCUGCGAUGCACAAUCCGAUUGAGACCCGGGGUAGGCAUGGCGUGUGUUAUCCUUCCUGGGGAGUUCCGUGCUUAGACUCGGAUGCUAUAUACCUCGCUGCCACCGAAUUAGGGAACAACCUUGUGAACCGCAUCAGAGGUUCAUUCAACAGAAUAAUCCGACCGGGGGCGACAGCGGCCUUACCAAACGUCAUGCAAUCGGACUUUGUGUCGGAAUUCUCGAAACUUACGCUGGAAGAGUGGCGACAGAGACAGAAAAUUGUAGACAUAGCUAGGGCGGAACAAAACACAAACUGGACAAACCUGCAACUUAUCACCCAUUAUUGUUCAAAGGAUUGCCAGAAAAGCGAUUUUUCUUCCCACAAGUUGCUCUGCAAGAAGUUUGCUACCCUACCUGACCGUCCAUCACCAGAGCACAAGCGAGCCAUUUUCUUCCAAGUGCAUCACACAGAGCCUAUUCUGAUUUGGAUCCGUACGGAGCGUCAGUAUGUAGAAGAUUUAAGGGUGUGGUGCACAGAAGCGUUCGUACGUUCAUACCUUGGUCCUGAUUCACCGAGUAUAGGAAGAAUGCAUGUGGAACACAACGACGUACGAGGACGAAAUUUAGGGUCCGGUCUGUCUGGAUCAGCCCUGCGCAAUGAAGGAUACUGUGUUACCCUGCUGCAUCGCGAUAGAUAUCUAGGCGAUGGUUCGCCCCCAAAUAAAAGCAUACUGGCUUCGGUAAGAGCCUCCGGCGCCCCACGCCCUCCCUAUGCGUACAAUGGCCCGAUGGUUGCAAUGAGGGAGGUCCACCCAGAAGAUUAUGCCGAUAUACAGCUUUCCGACUUUCGGCAUCUGAUGGACUACCUUAUAACGUAUGCAAGCACGGAUGUCAGGGAAUCCGUUCCGGAUCUGCAGUAUCGGGCUCCCACGGUUGUUCGGGGCGUGAAGAUUUGCUGCGAUGGGGAGAUAAAACUUCAUGCAUCGGAGCCGUUCGUUUCAAUUGACGGCAAAUCUAAUUCGCCGAUUUCCGCUCUUCUUGGCAUACCGCUCAUUUUCUGGAAAGACCCAAGUGCUGAAUUCCACGUUAACCCGCCCGGCUGGGAUGCAACACAGUGGGCAAGCAGCAAUCAGAAUGUGGCAUUCAUGAUGAUGAGAACCAACCCUUCUGAUCCUUUAUGGGGAUGGGCUCCUCUGUACUGGAACCACGAUAUUGGAAAUGUGUGGGUUGUCCGUGAAGACGGGCAGGAUCUGGAUGUGCGUGAAGUAGCGAUGAUGUGUCACUUCGCCAGGUUCAAGCUCCAACGAAUGUUUGAGGAUACGAUAGAAUCGAAAGACACCACGCUUCAAGAUAGGAAGCGCGUUUUGAAAUAUAUUACGCGCGAAAACAUGCGAGCGUUUUGGGAGGAGACUGGUGGUGAUGAAGCGGUCCGUAGCCAUGAUGAUCUGAGCAAUUGACCUGUCACUGCUUGGAUCUCGGUUCUUACAGGGUUUUGAGUGGAUCAAGUUCCCAGAAUUAAGCAUCUUAUAUCGAAUGGGUCUUGGUCAGCUAGUCCUUCUC